UCGUAAAAGGAAUUAGUCGACGCUUGACACUAAAGCUGUUAUUGAGUAAAGUCAUUGUGAACUGCGAAGCUUUUGUGUACAAAAGAAAGUUGUUGAAAUGCCGGCAGAAAAUUUAGAAGAGCAGGGUUUGGAGAAGAACCCCGAUCUCCACCUAGCCCAACUCAAAUUCAGUUUGACACUGACUGAUUUCAAAAAUGAUACCAAGAAGAAAGAAGAGCUUCUACAGGCCAUCGAAAAAGACAAUAUGGCACCCUUUUACGAAGAGUGCUGUCGGGACCUUGGCUGGCAGUUAGAUAGUGCCUUAUUAGACAAAAUGAAGAAGGAAAAUGAAGCCGAGCUCAAGAAGAUGAAUGAAGCCAUUGAAGAAGCCGAGACAUCAAUGGGUGAAACAGAGAUUAGAGAAGCAAAUCUUAACAAGGCAGAAUACCUCUCCCGUAUUGGAGACAAGGAGGAAGCCGUCAAAGCUUUUGCAAAAACUUAUGACAAAACUGUUUCCCUUGGCCAGCGUUUAGAUCUUGUUUUUCACAAUAUUCGUCUGGGGUUGUUUUACUUGGACCACUCUCUAAUCACUCGUAACUUGGAAAAAGCUAAAAGUCUUAUAGAAGAAGGAGGAGACUGGGAUCGUCGAAAUCGCUUGAAAGUUUAUGAGGGAGUUUACUCCAUGGCUGUGAGAGAUUUCAAGAAAGCAGCCAGUUUAUUCUUAGAUACCAUAAGCACAUUCACAUCAUAUGAACUGAUGGAUUAUACCAGAUUUGUGGGGUACACUGUUUUGGUUUGCAUGAUUGCACUACCUCGUAAUGAUUUACGAACUAAAGUUGUGAAAGGCUCUGAGAUCCAGGAAGUUCUCCAUUCUUCAGAAGACCUUAGGACUUACCUUUUAUCACUGUAUGAAUGUCAGUACCAUACCUUCUUCCAGAAACUUGCCUGGGUAGAAGGGGAGCUUCGUCAUGACCGCCUGCUAGCACCACAUUAUAGAUACUAUGUCAGAGAAAUGCGAAUUCUUGCAUACACACAGUUGUUAGAGUCUUACCGUUCUCUCACUCUGCAGUAUAUGGCAACAGCUUUUGGAGUUUCAACAGAGUUUAUUGACAGGGAACUGUCUCGUUAUAUUGCUGCUGGUCGACUUCACUGCAAGAUUGACAAAGUUGGUGGGAUUGUUGAAACUAACAGACCAGAUUCCAAGAACUGGCAGUACCAAGCAGUAAUCAAGCAUGGUGAUAUUCUUUUAAACAGAGUCCAGAAGCUCAGCAGAGUUAUUAACAUUUAGUGAAAUAUAUGAUUUAAGUGUAUGAGAGUACAAUGCAAUGGAAGUGUAAAGUAUCUUCACUAUAUUCAUUGAACUUUUAUUUUCUCAGAAUGUAUGAGGUGAUGUACUGGUCUGGUUUUAUUUAAUAAAAUGUUGGUUAGA